AUGCUUCGGGUUGCGGACACCCGGUGUGGUUUGCUCCAAGUCAUUCCGGUUCCACCGGUCCAGGUGAUCUUGGGUGCUGGACCUGAGCAAGAAUUGCCUCACUUCUGCAGCUCGGCGUGGGCGAUGACGUGCUUUUUUGACGACGAGGACGAGGUGCAGUUGAGCGCACCGGUCUUGGCCAAGCUGGUGUUGUACCGCAAUGCGAUCGAUUCAACCAGCUGCUUGCGUCAGCUGCCCAGCCUGACACAGCUGGAUCUGGGGCGCAACAAACUCACAGAGUUGGACGACAUCUCUGAGUGGACUCCACUGUUGCAAAAGGCAUUCCUCUACGAAAAUCGCCUGGUGCGGCUCCAAGCCGGGUGA